UGCGUCGUACUUCACGGUCUGGUGACGACCUGGUGACCAUGAGGUCGCUAUUGCCCCAGCUGCAGCUGGAUCCCGCACCAGACGACAACAAGCAGGAAGCAAAACACCCAGCCGAGAAAGGUUGGGCAAACACAGAGGCCAGGGCGUGCAAACGACAGCGACUCUCAGCGGAGAGCCGUGACGUAACCGCCUCAGACUCGUCGUCAACGAGCGAUGACGUCACAGCGCGUGCGGGAGUGACGUCAUUGCGCCGCGGGCCGGGCCGGCGGAAGAAACCAGCCCUCUCGGCGCGUGAUCGCAACUUACGAAGGCUUGAAAGCAACGAGAGAGAGAGGCAGAGGAUGCACGGGCUGAACGACGCUCUCGAGGGGCUGCGACAAGUGAUUCCGCACGUGCAGACGCAAAAGAAGCUGUCUAAAAUCGAAACACUGACGCUGGCCAAGAACUACAUAAUGGCGCUGACGAACGUCGUAUGCGACAUGCGCGGACGAGACCGCGAGUAUCCCGGCGACGCCGCAGACUGUGGUCCACUGAUGACGUCCGACCUGAUGACGUCAGACCUGCUGACGUCAGACCUGGUGCCGCGGCUCGACGAGCUGCCGGACGACAUCGAGCUCAGCGAUCUUUGGCCCGAGAUCUGAGCGUGCCGCGAUGGAGCUAGAUAGCUGAGACGCGAGACCUUCGGAAUGAGAUCGGGCUGAGACGCGAGACCUUCGGAAUGCGAUCGGACUGAGACCGGCAAGCGCAGACGUGGCCCGGGGCGUGCGAGACUCAGACGGAUUCCAAGAUCGGCCCGUGUCGGCCUUGGAGAUUGCAUUUCAAACCUCAGUUCACUUUUGAAGGCUGUCGACUUUUGUCCAGACGUCACCGGAGGUUGGCUUGGAAGCGACUGCGUACGGCCCGCCCGCAAACUUCCCUCUCAGGUUUGACAUCACCCGAAUUUGGGCAAAAUCUGACAUUGCUCUACCCAAACCAAAUUUGUAGAGCGAUGACGAGAGUUUGUCCAUAAGUUCGUCACAAGUAUCGCAAGAGCCUUCCAUUCACAUUGGGUUGGCAGUUUGA